AGUGAUCCGUCAAGAAUGCCGGAUUUGACAUCUGAUAUCAUUUCCAACCUCGAGAAGCUGCAUUCCGACGAUGCGGACCCAGAUAUCCAGGAAUUCCGCGGCCAGUUUCUAGCCUUGUCGUACGAGUUACGAGACAAGAUCGUGUCCUUCAUGGGCUCACCUUCAGGCCUGUCGACCCACUGCACACGAUGGCUGCCCCAAGAAGUAUGGCGGGACAUACUCCUCGAGAACAAAUAUCUCCCCUUCUUGUGGGAUCUCGACCACGACAUGCUCUUCAACCACUCCAAAGAAGCUGCCCAGGCAGGAAUCAACCUCGACUGGGAACUGCUCGUUCGGAAGCUGAGCCAAGGAGUAGAGUGGAGUCAGCGGCCACAAAAUGGAAGCGGCGAGCUGGAGCCCAUGCUCGAAUGCUAUCCCGACCUGCGGAUUCCGAAUGGUCUGCGCAAUCGUAGACGCAUAUGGCAGCUAGUCGAGGAGAUGUUUGUGGGGGACGUCUUGCCCGUAGCCAGACCUUGGACGCAUGGUACUCAAGUACCAUGUAUGCCACGGUACUGGGAUGAAUAUGGCGAUCCCGUCUAUCCGGUGUUCAGGCUGGCUGGAUUGGGUAGUAGCGUAUAG